GAGGGAUAAUGGCUCCAGGAGGAGUUGUUGAUCGCCUCAACCAUCUGCUUCAAUCACGACGUUGGCCAUGCCCCAUUCUUGUUUCAAUCCACUUGGGCUGUUGGGUGGGCUAGCAUAUUACCACUAGCAUGUUUCCCUUUGGACGUUUGGUUCUGGCGACACCGCAACAUUAUAAAAUGAUGACAGCGUCACCUCAAAAAAAAAUGAUGACAGCGGCGGGGCAGCCAAAAGAAGAAAAUAAAAAUGAGCCAAUUAUCGUGCUUCCAUCUCCCAACUGAGCUUACACCGUUGACUCGAAGAAGACCACCACGAAAUUCCCGAUCUCUCGCGCGCUCCUGGAUCUUGUAAACCUCUACCAGAAGGCAGCGCGGGUAACCUCCGGUGGCCGUCGCAUCUGGGCCGACGACGAUCAAGAAUGUCCGGCGGCGACCUGCGCAGCCUGGCGGCGGUCUCGGCCACGGUGACCGCGGCCAUGUGCUACGUCCGUUUCGCGGCCGGGCGCCUCCGCCCGGGCCUGCCCCGCCUCGCCGCGUUCCUCCCGGUGCUCGCCGUCCUCCCGUUCCUCCCCUCCGCCUUCAGCGCCAUCCACCCGCGCGCCAUCUCUGGGUUCUUCCUCGCCUGGCUCGCCGAGUUCAAGCUCCUCCGCCUCGCCGCCGGCAAGGGGCCCCUCCACCCGUCCCUCCCGUUCCCCGCAUUCGUCGCCGUCGCCUCCGGCCCGGUCAGGCUCCACGGCGACGGGCCCGACAAGGCUCAAGGCACGUCGUCGGGCCUGGACCUCGCCUCCUCCGCCGUCAUGGCCGCGCUGCUCGCCGUCAUCGUGUCGCUGUACCGGUACCAGGAGGCGAUGAACCAGUACGUCCUGCUCACCCUCUACGCGUUCCACGUGUACCUGGCCCUGGAGCUGGUCCUGGCGUCGGCGGCCGCGGCGGCGCGCGCGCUGCUGGGCAUGGAUCUGGAGCCGCAGUUCGACCGGCCGUACCUGUCGGCGUCGCUGCGGGACUUCUGGGGCCGGCGCUGGAACCUCUCUGUCCCCGCCGUGCUCCGGCCGUGCGUGCACCGCCCCGUGCGCGCGCGCCUGGGCACCGCCGCGGGGGUGCUGGCGACGUUCCUGGUGUCCGGGCUGGCGCACGAGCUCAUGUUCUACUACAUCACGCUGCGGCCGCCCACCGGGGAGGCGACGGCCUUCUUCACGCUGCACGGCGCGUGCGCGGUGGCGGAGGCGUGGUGGGCGAGGCACGACGCGUGGUGGGGCCCGGCGCGG